AUGGAGAAGAACCCGUGGCACAAAAACGUGCAGGGACCCUUCCUGCAGUGGAACGGACCGGUGGGCAUCAAGGAGGACGGCGGCGGCUGCACCCGCGGCCGGGGGCGGGUGGGGCCCAUGGUCAUCCACCGCGCCGCCGCCAGCCGCGACCGGGAAGCCAUUCUGAAGGCGGUGGAGGAGGGGCACGACGUGAACGAGGUGGAGGCCGCCGGCAACACGCCCCUUCACUUCUGCUGCUACGAAGGCUGGGUGGAGGGCUGCGAGCUGCUGCUGAGCUUGGGAGCCAAGGUGAACGCCAGUAACAACGCAGGCGACAGGCCAUGGCACUGGGCGCGCAACAUGGGGCACACCGAAGUGAUGAACUUCCUGCAAAAGGCGUGUAACGGCGGCACGAUGGACCAGGGCAAGGUACUGGUGCAGGACCACGUGCCCAAGGUCAAGGACUUCUUCCAGCGCGAGUGCUGGGCGCACCACCCCAAGCCGCACCAGGAGUACAUGGAGUACCGCAAGAAGCAGGAUGAGGCUUACGAAGCGGAGCGGAACAAGCUGGUGCCGGGAAUGUAG